ACCUGAACUUCAGCGUUCGGCGACGGAUCUGCCCUUUUUGAGACGCCUCUUCAUUGGCUGGGAUCGUCUAGAACGCAAGUCAUAACGGUGGAUCCCGAGCGUGAGCAUGAAAGGAUUUCUGACACGUCAGCUCGGGAAAUUGUAAGAGGGUUGCGCUGAUUGAAAGGAAGGCCUUUCUGGAGUUCAUGUAAGUGGUAAUUUGCUGUUUUAAACGGGGGCAGAAGUAGGCAGUCAAGACUACCUAUUCGGAGUGAUGAAGGUCAAACCCACAGUUUGAAGGAAGCUUCGAGACUUUGCCAGGAAGGCUUGAAGAAAGCUCUUGAAGUGCUUUUCAAGGAGCCGAAACGGGAAAGAAACUUGUGCAGGACAGGAUCGGUUUCAAGCACUGACAAUGUUCAGUUGUAGACGCGCUCCUGGAGCAUAGGUGAGACGGGGAUUUGCUAGCAGGUCGAAGUGGUCUCCGAAAGAAUGUGCACAAGAUCAACGAGGAGAAGCAAUUGUGUGGGUACUCGUCGAUUUGAGAUAGAAAAAUCAUGGGAGAUAUAGGAGUCAUUGACGAUUUGUCCCUGGAUCAUCUUCCAGAAUGGACCAACUUGAAUGAGCUUCUGGCGGCAAUUGAGGCGCAGCUAGGAAGACAAGUGCGCGACCAGAUCGAAAACGCACUGGGUCGUGAUCCUGACGAGAUGAUUAACGUGCGGGUGCUUCUGUCAGAUAUUCAGAAUGAAUUGGGCGGCUCUUACUUCGUCGAUCUACUUCAAGAUGAGGAUGGAGAGAGUGGGCUAACCACCCAGGAAUAAACAACUUUUAGAGGAGCUAUUUGUGGCCGAUUGUUUCUUCUGCUGCAGGGUGAUUGCGAAGACAUAAGAUCUCAAGGUAUUAUAACCACUCAACCUUGUAGUUGACUUGUUCCCAACUACUGGCGCAUGUAGAAAGUCGUGAAAUCUUUAUCUUGUUUCACCACAACAGUAAGGAUUUGUACGAUGUUCAAAAUCUCUUAGAGACAAAUCCCUUGGUUUCAAAAGAUUACUCUGAAUCAUUUCAACCAGUUUGGCACAAUAGCUGACGUAAACAUAGAUGCGGAUGCUGCGUUCAGUGCAUGAAAUAAGUCGUUUAAGCCAUUCCACAAGGUCUAGUAGCUCCUUUGAGGUUCUGUUUGACAGACAUUUUGAAAGGUCAAAUGCACCUAUUUACCCUAUUUGUAAUCUGGAAUCAGAACAUGUAAUGGGAAUAGAAACCAGGCAUCUAGCUUACGCGUUGGAAACUCGAUUUAUUAUUAAGUCUUGAAAUUUAUAAAAUGUAUUGUGAAUGCAUUUUUAUCAACUGUUGCCUGCAUCAAGUUUUCAAAAGAACAAGAUGGACAUGAGAUUGUGGUUUAUUAAUUCAUUUACUGUAUAAAAACAUUCAGUUAGAUUCCAUUGUUAAGAUUUUACAAGUGUGUUAUGCUCUCAAAGUUUACAUUCGCUAUCUCAGCUCUUUCUGAAUGGUAAUACUGAAUGGUGGAGACUUCAAGGACCCACUGCAGAGGUGUGAAUUUUCUAGCAAAGUAUGGCGCCCCGUCAAGACGUGUAAUGGUUGUACGAGUUGCUUCGAUGUCAUCACUGGUCUAUUUCUGUUUGCAUACGCUUUAUUCCUCUGUGUUAAUAACGCAAACAAGAUCAAUCAACCCUUAAUGAGUACUUUCUACGAUGUAGCCAAAUAGUUGGAUAGGCAUAGAGAAACAAAAGCAUAGCCGCAUUUUUCCUCCUCCAGAGAGAAAAUGCAGCCAUUUCUUUGAAGAACAUCGGCUGUCUUUCCACAAUUUAAACAGCAUCGACUUCCUCCACUGAUCUUUGCCAACACUACCGCUGCGAGGAACCAUCCACGACAAUUAAAUUUGUAAGUCGGUUGCUACACCUUGCCCAAAAAUAAGUAUAACAAUUGUUUAUCAGCUGGAAAGUUCAACGCAGGUCUCCGGUGACAAAAGUUCAUGAAAGUUACUUCCGGCCGCAAAAGCUUGCGCAGCCAUCGAGCCAGCCUGUCUUUGGAAAUCCCUUCCAUAUGCCAGAUCUUCCAAUUCAGUUGCGCAUGCUUUCACCUGGCAAGCGUACAUUGUCAUGAGAUUCCGUAAGUAGUUUACUGUCAUCUGUUCUUAGAAGCAGGCGAUGUUGAAACUGUGGGUAGCUAUGUGGAGAAAUCACAAAAUCUUCACCAAAAUGUAGAAACAGCUGUUGGAAUCGUCAUUUUAGAACUCACAAGACCAAGAGUGAUGAAGACCUUUAUAUUGAGGCUAUUUUACACGAAUCUCAGUGAAAACACAUGAGGAACCGUAGCUUCGUUGAGGGGCCAGCAAUAGAAUCUCCUCACUUGGCCUCCAACUCGGACGACUGAACGUCCGUCCUUCUGAUGGCACUAAUCAAUCGAUGCGGGCUUGAAUAACGCAAGCCAAGCGCUUUCGUGAAAUUACAUGAGAAGUGCGGGCGAAAUUUUGCCGUUCAUUGCAAUUGCUUCACGUAUUUCAACGAAGAUGGGUUUCGGUGAAGGGCCUUGAUCGGAAAGGUGAGACUGAGGUGACAAACUUAAGAGUUUCAGCGACAUUAGUGCUUGUUACGCAACAUGGGCAUCAACGGGAAGCGCUUCCGCAAGCGUGACACACUAGAAUCAGAGGAUCAGUCUGACGAUGAGGACGAAAUUAGAUCCACAUUAGAGGAGGUGAAGUUUUUGCAAAAGCAGAGGGAACGAAGCAAUGGGGUUGUAGCGAAUCAGCUUGGACAGCCUGCAGGAGGAGCGAAUUCCAAUGUUGCGGAGAAAGGCGAAGGCGAGGGUGAGAACGAAGAGCAAGUGCUGCAAGAUACAUUUGCACAAGAAACUGCUGUGACUAUAGAAGACCCUAACAUGUUGAAGUAUAUUGAGCAGGAGAUGGCAAAGAAGAGGGGAAGGGAGACUAGUGAAGUAGGAGAAGAAGUGAAACCUCCCGAAGUUGAUCUUUACGUGAUACCUGAGCAUCUCAAGGUACGAAAAAGGAAUGGAGAGGAGAGCUCCACACAAUGGACAACUGGAAUUGCUGAAGUACAACUACCUGUAGAGUAUAAGCUCAAAAACAUUGAAGAAACCGAAGCUGCAAAGAAGCAACUACAAGGCAAGCGUCCAUUUGUAGGUCGUGGCCGAUCCCAGUCCAGCAUACCCGCCAGCUACAACGCUGACUACUUCCAACGAGGCCGGGAGUAUGCUGAGAAACUUCGAAGUGAUCAUCCUGAAGGCUACAGAGACAAAGGAAGAGGUGAAGGACGAGGACGAGGACGAGGUGGACCAACUGGUUCUAAAAGCGAGACAUAUGAUGUAAGGAAUAGGAGGCAAGCUGCUACUGAUGAGAUAAUGUUAGAACGUUUUAGGAAGAGGGAAAGAAGAUUGUUGAGAAGGUGACUUGGACUUGCUGUAGCUGUGCCCUGUAGUAAUUCUGGAAAAAUCACCACUUGCAGGAUAGUCUGUUACCUUUCCAUGUUUGAAUGCUUGUUUGACAUGGGUGACAGGAAAUGUUUUCACACAUCUGCCUGGCCCUUUCUGGUCAUUUUAAUUUUGUUACUAUCUAACGUUUGUUUUCACAAUAUUUACACGAACGAGAAGGGCUCAUCCGUUUAUUGCCCAUGGGCAAUGGUUCCUUCUCAUCUUUGUGCAA